AUGUACGCUCGACCUGCGCUCUCCGUGGCGGAGACCACGGUAGCCACUACGAUCCCCCCCACUGGCUGGCUCUUCGGUGUCAGGCCCGGCCAGAAAUACGAGAAGGAAGGCUGGGAGGGAAUCUGGUACUACGGAUUCAUUGGCAGCUUCCUCGUCGCUGGCGUUGCAUAUGUUUUCAAGCCCGAUACCUCCAUACAAACCUGGGCUCUUGAGGAGGCCCGCCGGAGACUGGAGGCCGAGGGUAUCCUGGAGGACCCCGAGAAGGCCAAGAACUAA